AUGCAAGGCACCCAAGGCAUGGAAAGCAUGGGAGACGGCAGCAUGGGAAACCCAACCAAUGGAGCGAACGGAAUGGCUGGUGGCACUGGUGGGUGUGGCUGUGGCGGCUGCGGUGGAUGCGGCUGUGGCUGCGGUGGAUGUGGCUGUGGCUGCGGAGGUUGUUGCGGGUUUCCAUGCGGAGGAAUGAUGGCGAUGCCGAUGAUGGGCAUGCCAAUGAUGCCCAUGAUGAACCCUAUGAUGGGACUCAUGGCCGGCAUGGCCAGCAUGGCCAACAUGGCUAAAGCUGCCAAGGCAAAGAAGAAGGCCCCCGAGCCUGAGGAAAAGAAAGAGGAGGAGAAGGAAGCCGCACCAGCCGUGGAAGCUUUCAACCCAGAGGAGCUGCAAAAGCGCCUGCUCAUGGCCCAGUCACAGCGCUUUGCCGAGGUGGCGAAGCAGGACCAGGAUGACCAGGACCAUGAGGAGAAGAGCCAGGGUGAUGGUGAGCAUUCAGACAGCGGCAGUGAGAAGAGUGAAAAGAGCGAAGCCGAAGGAGGAAAAGAGGAGAAGGAUGAGAAGGAUGCCAAGAAGUCGGAGGACGAGCCGAUGAGCGAGGACGAAGCUCCGCCACCUCCACCAGAAACCCUGCAAAAGCUCCAAGCUCUCCAAGGAGGAGCACUUGGACAGGAGCAGAAAGCCAGGCGUAUGAAGGCUGCGACUGCCGCCGCCGAAGAGAUCAAAAUGUCUCUGGAGAUGAAGAGCUCCGAGCCUGGCUCCGAGAGAGACUCGAAAGACUCGUCGAAAGACUCGUCGAAAGACUCGAAAGUUGACUCCAAAGACUCGAAGGAGAAAGACAACGACGGUUCGGAGAAAGGUUCCGACACAGCCAUGGGUGUCGUUAUCCAUUGGAGCGGCGUCAGAGGUUUUGGAAUUCUGCGUUCGCAGACUCAUGGUGAGGUCACUGUCAAUGCCAAGGCUCUCAUGAACACUGGCGAGCUGGCCGUCGGGGACGUUGUCACCUUCGAGCUGGGCUUUGACAAAAAGAAGAACAAACCGGAGGCCAACAGUGUCUACAAGUCCGGUGCAGGUGGUCAGAAGUCCAGUGGUGACCGCGGUGACAUGGCGAGGACAUCCGCCAGCAGUUCAGCGCCUGGCACUGCCAGCAACGGCCAGUCCACGGCAGAUGCCAAAGCUGAGAAGGCAAGGGAUGCCAAGGAGAGCAAGGAGACUAAGGAGAAGGAGAGGAAGGAGAGCAAGAAGGAGAAGAGUCAGAAGAGACCCGGCGUAGACAGACAUGGAGGCGGACCGCCAUGGAUUCACAUCGUAUGCCGGCAGCCGAUGAAAGACUUCGCAUUGUGGUGCCUGGGCAGAUGGGAUCCAGGCAUGACUCCGGCUGGCGAGGCAAGGUUCACAGAGGGGAGCCGCGUGAUUCUGCACGGCUUGCGCGCCAAUGAGAUCUUCAACAACAGAAGGGGCAAAGUUCUGAAGAAGCUCGCCCUACAAAACUCGCAUGGACCCAUUGCGGCUUAUGAAAUCUGCCUGACAGAUGGUCAGCUUGUGAAGGCCUUGGAUGCGAAUCUUGAUUUGGCCCCGCCGUUGGCCGACGCAGAGGCCGAGGAGGAGUCUUGGAGCGAUGAGGGGAGCGACCACGUCGAAAAUUUCGAGAACCUGGAGCGGGCGAAGUUGAUGGACGAGCUUUUCCAACUGCUUGACCAGUCGCAAGAGGGAAGUCUUAGGUCUCACGCUCUCCAUCACCUGGCGGUGGCAUGUGGCUUCGAGGGAGGAGCUCUUAAGUGGGAAGAAGAGUACCAGGCCUUGUGCAAGCUGUUUCGCACCUCGCCGGCGGCUGGCUUCCAGCAGAUGGAAUUCGCCAAGCUCCUCUCCAACGAGGCUCUUCCCACGUAUUGUCCAACAGACGAACUAGCCGGCCUUGUCUCAAGCACUCGCCAGCACAUCCUUUCUCGUCGUCAAGAGCAAACCACGCCAAAAGAAGAUGAGAAGCGGCUGAAGGCGGAGCAGUACCGAAAGGACGCUGUCAAGUUCAUCUUUAAGAGCCUGGACAUGGAUGGCGAUGGAUUUCUGAACGGCUCGGAGAUGCAACGCUUUGCAGAGCUCUGUGGCUUUGAUGACGAGUGGGAAGUGGAGUACGAGGAUUCCACCAAGGAAUACGUCUGUGGGGAGCGCGAUUCAGCAAGGCCAGCUACAGGAGCACCCACACCAGUCACGCCAGACGUGCUUUUACAGGAGUUGCGGAACAUCGCCAGUCAGAUACGAGAUCGGCGCGAGUCGAUCUCCCGCAAGCAAGCCGCCAUCCGAAUCCAGGCAUGCACACGGGGCAGUCUCACACGGAACCGGCUGCAACGACAGCAAACCGUCGCACCAGCCGUGAGUCCUGCUCCAUCUGUGGUUCUUCUUGAAGAGAAGGGCCGCGGAGUGAUUGACGUGCCCGAGCCUCCACCUGCUCCUCCCGAAAGCUUGACGCUCAGUUUGCUGUACUGA